AUGCCCACCACAGAUAUGAACACACCCUCAAGAUUCAAGAGAUUUCUCUCUCCCCCUAUCCGUUGGUCAAAAACUGAUAUAGAGAGCCAACAGAGUCAACAAUCUAUCAUCCACAGCUUCCAAGACCCUUCUCCUCAAAUGCACCACAGUACCGACCAUCUUAAAGACCAACAUUUCAGUCAACACGAUAGCAUUGAAAACCGCGAUUCUCCCUCAUCAUAUGCAGUCAAAGCCCAUGAUAUCCAAAAUCCCAACACCCAAAGCUUUACGCCAAAUUCAAGACAGACUCUCACUGGUACCCCAUACGAAGACCUCGCAGCACGAUCCGGAAACCGAAAUCCCUAUUUCAAUAAUUUCAUGCGUCAAAGACGCCGUGAAGAUGGUGAAAUCGAUCUCGAGGGUCAAUAUCCCAGCAUCCAAUCCUCAAGAAAUCGUUUACAGUACGAUUUAGGCAACAGCUUUGGAGACAGACAUCGCAGAAUCAAUGAUACCUGCGAUCAAAACUCUAUUCCCCACUUCAAACAUCGCGUAAAUGAAUCACAAAGCCCAAAUCCAACUAUUCAAGAUGCACAUCAAAACACAAAUCCAGAAUCGACUUCCGCGUCAACACAGAGAUCGCGGCGUGAAAAUUAUUCAGAAAACGAAUCUUCUCAAGCCGAACCACUAUCUAAUCCAAGGGACUACACCAUCGACGAUAUUGAAAGCCAGCGUUUCAGAGCACCAAAGUCACCUGCUAUUCCCAUCGACCUCGACUUCUCUGGAGUCAUACAGACGCUUCGAAGACCCAUAGAUUAUUUCGGAGCAAAUAAGGAGGAAACGAAGGAGAUGUGGCAGUGUGUGCCGAAUGAGGAUUUGGAGGAGGGCAUGUUGGGACGUUAUGCCUGGAAUCAUGAGGAUAGAGAUGUUUGUGUUAGUUGUAGAAGGGCGAGGGCAAGAGAAGCGAGGUCGAGAUUGGUUUCACUGAAGAGGGCGUUGGGAUUUGCAGGCUAG